CACAAAACUACACGCACCUGCCUGCUCAAAGGGGAAAAAACACAGUUUCAGGUUUGAGACGGCAGCAGUCUCUGUUGGGACACUGUCGAAGUUCUCUGAGGUUUUGAGACAGUGAAGUUCCCAAAAGCCGCAUGUAACAUCCUUGUUUCAUCUGUUUCUUUUAACUCCCUUUUCUCCUGGACUGAACUUUCAUCCAGGAGAUGAAUUUAAGUUUACCAUUUCCUAAUUCAUAUGUCUAAAACCCUUCUCUCCCGCAUUAAACCCCUCCACCACAACCCAAAACCCAAACCCCCUUCUCCUUCCAACUUCCCAUUAACACGCCACAUCAAAGAACUCGUCAACGAGCUGUGUGAAAUCCUCCAAACCCAAGACAAAUGGGAACACACUGUCGAAACCCGUCUUUCCCAAGAAGAAAUUGUUCCUUCCGACAUUGCCCACCAUGUGUUCGAUAAACUUAAGGAUCCUCAUGUGGGUCUUCAGUUCUUUGAUUGGGUCUCUCAAAGACCUUACGGUUGUCCUCUUGAUCGUUUUGCUUAUUCUUCUCUUUUGAAACUCUUGGCUAAGUUUAGAGUUUUUCCUGAAAUUGAAACUUUGUUGUCUAACUUGACUACUUGUGAAGAUAAAGUUCCAACCCUUGAGGCGUUGGAUGCUGUAAUUAAAGCUUAUUCUGAUUCUAAUUUGGUUGAUAAAGCUGUUGAAUUGUAUUAUUUUGUAUUGAAAACGUACGAUUUGGUUCCACAUGUAGUUACUAGUAAUUCUUUGCUUCAUGGUCUUGUAAAACAUGGUAAGGUUAGAGAUGCUAGGCGAAUGUAUGAUGAGCUCGUUGAGAGAAGUAGUAGCGGUGUUGAGAAUAAAUUUUUGGAUAAUUUUAGCACUUGUAUUGUUGUCACAGGGUUGAGUAAAGAGGGGAAGGUUGAAGAAGGUAGGAAAUUGAUUGAGGAUAGGUGGGGUAAAGGUUGUAUACCAAAUGUUGUUUUUUACAAUACAUUGAUUGAUGGUUACUGCAAGAAGGGCGACAUUAAAAGUGCGUAUGGGCUUUUCAAUGAGUUGAAAUUGAAGAGCUUUUUACCCACAGUGGAGACUUAUGGGGCAUUGAUAAAUGGGUUCUGUAAAGAUGGGAACUUUGAGAAAGUUGAUAUGCUUGUGGAGGAGAUGGUUGCGAGGGGUGUGAUUGUAAAUGCACGAGUGUAUAACACUAUCAUCGAUGCCAAGUGUAGGCAUGGUUUUUUGGCAGAAGCAAAAGACACUGUAGGAAAAAUGGUUGAAGCUGGCAGUAAGCCAGAUAUCGUAACAUAUAACACAUUGAUAUCUUAUUCUUGCAAUGAUGAGAAAAUUCAGGAAGCUGAAAAGUUUCUAGAGCAGGUUAAGAAUAUGGGGUUGGUGCCGACCAAGUUUAGUUAUACUCCUAUGAUACAUGCCUACUGCAAAUCUGGUGAUUUUGAAAAGGCGUUAAAUUUGCUUGCUGAAAUGACAGAGUAUGGUGAUAAACCUGAUGUAUCAACUUACGGAGCUCUUAUCCAUGGAUUGGUGGUCUCUGGUGAAGUUGAUGUUGCAUUAGUCAUUCGAGAUAAGAUGAUUGAAAGGGGAGUAUCACCUGAUGCUGGCAUUUAUAAUGUUUUGAUGAGUGGGCUCUGCAAAAAAUUGAAGCUUUCUGUUGCCAGACAGCUCCUUGAUGAGAUGCUUGGCCGUGGAAUAUUACCUGAUGCUUAUGUUUAUGCCACUUUAGUUGAUGGAUGUGUUAGAAAUGGGGAAUUUCAGGAAGCGAAGAAGCUAUUUGAGCAGACAUUUGAGAUGGGUAUGGAUCUGGGGCUUGUAGGUUAUAAUGCUAUGAUUAAGGGAUACUGUAAGUUUGGACUGAUGAAAGAUGCAGUUGCUUGCAUCAGUAGAAUGAAAAAGUCAAAAAUAUCUCCGGAUGCAUUUACUUAUUCAACAGUAAUUGAUGGGUAUGUAAAGCAGCGUGAUUUGCGUCGAGCAUUAACGAUACUCCCUCACAUGGUAAAGUGCAACUGCAUGCCAAAUGUUGUAACGUACAGCUCUCUAAUUUAUGGCUUUUGUCAGGAUGGAGAUCUUGUGAGAGCUGAAAGUUUAUUCAACGGAAUGCAAUCAAAUGGUAUGAUGCCUAAUUUGAUAACUUAUAGUAUACUAAUUGGCGGCUUUUGUAAAUUGGGAAAACUUGCAAAAGCAGCUUUUAUUUUUGAACAAAUGCUCAAGCACAAGUGCUAUCCAACUGAUGUCACGUUCAAUUAUUUGGUUAACGGGUUUUCGCAUUGCACGCCUACUAUUUUCUCAAAGGAGAAAAAUGAUCCUCUGGAUAAGAAGAACUCUAUGUUUAUGGAAACUUUUAAAAGAAUGAUAUCAGAUGGUUGGCACCCGAGAAAUGCUGCAUACAAUUCCAUUAUUAUCUGCCUCUGUUUACAUAAAAUGCUCAAAACUGCAUUGCAACUACGUCACAAGAUGAUUCGUAAGGGCUACACUACAGAUUCAGUUACUUUUGCCGCCUUACUGCAUGGUAUUUGCUUGGAUGGAAAAUCCAAGGAAUGGAAAAGUAUUAUUUCCUGCAACUUAAGUGUGACAGAGCUGUCUGUCGCUUUAGAGUAUUCUUUGAUAUUUGACCAGUACCUGAGUCAUGGAUUCGACUCUGAGGCUUCCGUGAUUUUGCAUGCCUUGGUUAAAGACCAUGUCUCGUAAUCAAGAUGAAACUGAUAUUAAAUUUUUGGUAAGGUUGGAUUGGCAGAAGACGGAAGGUCUUCAUAAUUGCUGUUUUCUCGAGUGAGUACUAUUAGAGGAGUACUCAGGAUUUUUUUACAAGAUGGAUGGAGCUCUCUGAUUGGCUGCAGUUCUGCAACAGCGUAUCUAGGUGUUUUCUCUUUUGGUGGCAGUGCAACUAAAAUCAGGGUGAUUUUUAUUCGAAAAUGAAUAUAUCAGAUGCUAAAAGGUUAACCUCUUCUCGUGACUGACACGAUGAACUCAUACUUCUUUGUAGUAUAUCUUCUAUGUCUGUCAAAUAUGGACCCCUUGUUGUUUCUCAUUACUGCUCAGCGUUUUUAUAUUCAAUGCUUGAUUUGAAUGCUUUAACGACUCUUUGCUGACUAAGAUGCUAUAGUAGCUUAACCCAAAAAACCCCGUAAAAUAUGGUGUAUUUGCAUGCAGGAGCAAGCUCUCUUUGAGGAAGGGUCAUCCCUGUAAGAGGACAUGAUUAAAGGAUUCUAUUUUCUCGAGGUGCAUUGGCUUUGAGCUUGGAAAUUGGGCCCAUACCCGUCUUUGGCUUGAUGCAUGGUGCAGGGAUUUAGCACUGAAAGAAGAAUUUCCAACCUGAUCUUGACCAUAACUUAUAAAGAGGCCAAGGUAGGCGAGUGGUUAAGGAGGUAUGGAGGUCAGGCAUUAUUAGAUCUUUCCUUCAGGAGACCCAUCCAAGAUUCGGAGUGGGAUGAGAUGGGCAAUAUGCUUCAGGUGCAAUUCAGAUAGGACAGAUUUGGGCAGGCUGAACCUCAAAAAUAUUUUUGUUGAAAUUGUAUUACAAUCUCUCUCUAAGAGAGGUGACUUCAGGCCCAAAUGGAAGCAGGUUUUUCUAUGGAAGACUAAGGCAGCAAAACAAUAAGUUUUGCGCCUUGUUUUUAGUUGGCGAUGUUUGUGCAAAGGAUCAGAGCGGAUUUUGAUCACUUGUUACUACAUUAGCAAUUUCACUGUGGCGUUAUGUUCCCUAGUAUACUCGAUGUUUGAAAUGUGCGCGACUUACCUAGGACAGUGUUGGGUGUCAUGGCAAGUUGGAGAAUAAGAACGCUGGAUGCGGGAAAGGUAUCUGUUGAGACGGCUCAUUUUUUGCAUUUUUUCGGUUGAUUUUGAGAGAGAAAAAGUAAAAACUUUUGAGGGAGUUGAAAGUAAGCACUCUUUUGUUUGGUUAUACUUUUCAGCACUAAAGGAUGUCUCAUAUUGUCAGAAUGAUUGGAUAUUUUGGA